UUUUGUUCUCCAGUAGAAUUAAAACGAAUUAAUCUAAAGUAUAAGUGGUAACUCAUCAACAGAGCAUAGACAGAUCACAAGUUGCCUACAUGAGAGAGGUGAAUAUUCCACAAGAAAAAAGAAAACCCAAUAGUCAAAUGAUAGUAAUAUGUAAACAUAUAAUAUUGUAUUUAUGCAUACUGAUAUAGCCUGGCCUAGCCCCAUCCCACCCAUUUAAGAGUCUGACUUUGUUUAAGCUUGGAAAUUACGUUUGCAUUUUUACUUAUUCACGAACGAUCUUGUAAAAUAAUUUAUACGAAACUGAGAGUAUAUGCUAUUUGAAAGAAUGUUUUGUUUUUUUUUUUUCUUUUCUGAAAUAUAUGAGGCCGUAGAGGCAGCCUAGCUUUAAAGUUUAAAGGCUUUGACUCGAAUUUGUGACCGUUCUUUACUCAGAAAAAUCAAAACGACAUUUAUUUCUCACUAACAAGGCAAUAAGUCAAAAACGUAUUAAAAAUGUAGUAAACGCGGUUUUGCUAUUGUUUACGUAAGUCUCAGCAUUGUUACUUAAAUGGAUAUACUCGUAAUUAGUACUGUGGUUGCUUGUUUUUCUUUGUCUUGUCUAAGUGAGCAAAAGUGUUGAAUGCUUUCUCAACCUCUUUAUUAUAAGACUCCAAAAGAAGAUGUGUUCAAGAUAUGAAAUCAAAAUCUACAGAUCAAACCAUCGCCCUUAACAAUGGGAAACGGUUUAAAGCCUUGUAAACAACAACAUCCUUCGUAUCUUUACGAGCCUCUCAUCAAUACUCCUUUGUUGGAAGAAGCAGAAAACGAGAAUCUGAGAGUCUUCAGCGUCAAGGAACUGAAGAAAGCAACGAAAAAAUUCAAAAAAGAGAGGGUCGUAGAAGGGGAGGAUACCUAUGUUCAAACAUUCUACAAGGGUAACAUCAAUCAGACCACAUCUGCACCAUCAAAAACUAAAACCAGAAUCGAUGUUUCUGUCAUGGAAGGUCUUCUUUAUACUCCACAUGGUCUAGAAGAGUGGAAGAUAAGCAAAGAAGAAGCUGAGUCUCUAGGAGAGAUUUUUCAUCCCAACUUGGUUAAACUCUUGGGUUACUGCUCUGAAGAUAACAGAUCACUCUUGGUUUUCGAAUACUUGGGCAAAGAAAGUUUGGAGCAUUACAUUUUCGAAAAAGAGGAGACAUUGUCAUGGGACACACGGGUUAAAAUAGCCAUCGGAAUAGCACAAGGUGUUGCAUUCCUUCACUCGAUCAAGAACAGCCCAUUACAUCAAGAACUCAGGAUGCAUAACAUUAUGCUUGACGAGCAAUACAAUGCAAAAUUGUUGUACCUUGACUCAAAAAAACAAUUUUGGCCAAUUGGUUGGACAUUUGUGGGAACUAUAUACAUGUCUCUUGAAUAUCUAGAAGCAGCUACUUUGGGAAUGGAGACGGAUGUAUACACAUUUGGUGUGAUCUUGCUUGAACUCUUUACUGGUUCGAAAGAGAUAUCAAUAUAUCUGAAACGCUUAAGAACUAGAACUAUCUUGUUUGCGGAAAUAAUUGACCCCAGACUUGGGAGUCAUUAUCCUGUGAAUGCAGCCACAAAGAUGGGCAAACUCAUCCAAAGAUGCACCAAGGAUAACUGGAAGAAACGACCGUCAAUGCAGCAAGUUUUGGAUGUUCUGAAUUCUAUUGUAAUUCAGUAUUAAUGCAUAGAGAUACUAAUAUUUGAAAAUGAAGAUAAUUAAAAACAAAGAAGCAUGUUUUUACCCCCUCCAGCACAUUUUCUUAAUUAAGAUUAGCCACACCACAAAACUAAAAUAUAUACUAAUAUAUUCAUAAUCAUGUUGCAACAAAAUAUUUAUGGAAAAGUCGUAACUAUUUUUAGCCACGUUUUGUUUCGUAGAAAAUUUGUGGCUUUUCUGUCACGAUUCAGAUAUGAAUUGCCAUGUUUCUCAUUUCAUAACUAUUUUGUGGUUUAUAGGCAAAAUUUCUACUAGUGCUAAAAUCAAAUAAUAUUAC